UCACAACAGCGGCCAAAGUUAAUAACCUGCUGAACCAGGCACAGGAAGGAUAGUAGCAAUUACACAGAAAACAUUUUCAUUGAAGCAGUAUUUCUCCUUUGAUACUUUAAAAAUGAAAAUUGAUAUUCAUAGCCACAUUCUACCUAAGGAAUGGCCUGACCUAGAAAAGAGAUACGGGUAUGGUGGAUGGGUACAGCUGGAUCAUCACUGCAAGGGACAGGCAAAGAUGAUGAAGGAUGGAAAGGUUUUUAGAAUUAUUCAAGAGAACUGUUGGGAUCCAGAAGUACGGAUUAAAGAGAUGAACGUAUCAGGAGUCACAGUCCAAGUCCUUUCCACAGUCCCUGUCAUGUUCAGCUACUGGGCCAAACCUCAGGAUACUUUAGAUCUAGCCCAGAUAUUAAAUAAUGACUUAGCUGCUACAGUAAAAAAAUACCCCAAGAGGUUUAUCGGCUUGGGUACAUUACCUUUGCAAGCUCCAGACCUGGCUGUGAAGGAAAUGCAUCGCUGCGUGAAUGAACUUGGAUUUCCUGGAGUACAAAUAGGAUCUCAUGUCAAUGAAUGGGACCUGAAUGCACCAGAACUCUAUGAUAUUUAUGCUGCUGCUGAACAAUUAAACUGCUGUCUCUUUGUGCAUCCCUGGGACAUGCAGAUAGACGGAAGGAUGUCCAAAUAUUGGUUUCCCUGGCUAAUAGGCAUGCCCACGGAAACAACCAUAGCCAUUUGCUCCAUGCUUAUGGGAGGAAUUCUUGAAAAAUUUCCUAAGCUGAAAGUUUGCUUUGCACACGGAGGUGGAGCUUUUCCAUACACAGUGGGGCGAAUCUCCCACGGAUUCAAUAUGCGCCCUGAUUUGUGUGCACUUGAUAAUAAGGUGGAUCCAAGAAAAUACCUUGGUUCAUUUUACACAGACUCCCUUGUCCAUGACCAUGGUGCACUAAGGCUGCUGACAAGUGUAAUUGGAGAGGACAAAGUUAUUCUGGGGACAGAUUACCCUUUUCCACUUGGCGAGCUGGAACCUGGAAAAUUGAUUGAUUCAAUGGAAGAUUUUGACAAUAAACAGAAGGAUAAACUCAAGGCUGGAAAUGCUCUGGAAUUUCUGGGUCUUAGCAGAAAACAAUUUGAAUGAUUAUAAAGAUAUUAAAGAGACCAAACUUCGGAAAUAAUGCAGAAUCCUCUCAUUUGCAUGUGCAACUAUACAGGUGAAAAACAAAUUUGACAAGUACAUUACAGCCUAAACCAAAUCCAGAACAAAAACAAGUGUCCUGGAAAUGAGUAUGCACAGGUGUUUCUGUGUGUUUGAGGAUUUAGGUCAUGUUUUAAACAAUUCUGAAAUUCUAGGUUUCACGGAAAAAGAAAGAUUUCCUCUUUUGCAGUUGUAAUAAAAAUCUCUGAAAGAUAAUCAGUGUUGUGGUAUUAGGACUUGAUUCCCAGGAGAAAGAACAGAGAAAAUUAUGACUUGCAUCCAUUACAUUUCAGUUUUGUUAUGCCCAAUAAACAGAAUUUAAAAGAAUCUCAAACCAGAGGUUUUGUUGGUGCCCAGUAAAAAAAAUAAGACAUUUGCCUUUACCCACGGAAUGAGGUGGCAGUAUACACGCUGCAGCUCAGCACUCCAAGCACACGCACCAACACUUCAGAAAUGUUGUGAUAGGAUGAAAAAGGUCUGUGUGUGGACUUGUACUUUGCAGCUGCCACCUACACCACUGGCAACUUCAUUCAUCUGACGCAAUUUGAUCAAUGCAGUUGUAGGUGUACUAAUAAUGUAUUUGUGUGGGUAAUACGUUGUGCAUCGCUUUCAAAAUAAAUACUAGUAUUUAGCAACAGUAUGGUUUAAUGUUCCAGUCCUUAAAAAAAACUGCUUCUUAAAAGUAAGCUUGGCUACUUUAAAUGUUGAAAUGUUAAUGCGCUACAUAGUUGUAGUCCUGCUAGAGGAACGGAAAGAUGGUUUACUUUCUAGACUAUUGACUGAAAUGGGUUUUCAUGCUUAUCCACUGGGUGCACAGGUGUCCUCCUGAGAGGAUUUUAUAUCAGUCAUCAAAAUACUGAUGAGCACUUCCAGUCUCCAUUCUCAUGGGAUCCUUUGCUGGCUAUGCGUGCUGUCACCAUUCCUGUUUUGUCUUAAAAUGCUCCAGGAAAAACAGAAUUAGACAGCAUUUGGUUUUGUAGCUGUGUCCAUAACAAUCCUUAUGCCACAGGCUGCAACCAAAAGAUGCUGAACAUCAGCAGUUCGUGCUGAUACCAGUCUCUGCUGGACUACAAAGAAAGCUUUGUCCUUCUUUAAUGUCACACACAAAAAAAAAACAAACCAAAAAAACCAA